AUGUCUGCAGCGGAAUCAGCGGAGCCCAAGAGCAAGGUAUUUCCCAUCAGCAAGUUUCUCGAUGACCUAACUCCGCAGCUCCCAUCGCCAUCGUCCUCUGGGUCGUCGGGCGCAGCAAAGCGUCUCAUUUUCGUAGGCGAUGUGCACGGCAUGAAGGAGCCUCUGGAGAGGCUCCUCGAAAAGGUCAAAUUUGACCGGGCGAGCGGUGAUCAUCUUGUGCUCGUAGGUGACGUGGUCAAUAAAGGCACCGACAACUCGGGAGUUGUCGAACUGGGGAUGGAACUUGGCGCCUCCGCGGUGCGUGGCAAUCACGACAAUGCAGUUCUCGACGCCGCCGGCAUAGCAAGGUUCAGGGACGGCACUUGGCUCUCUGAACUCGCCACUCCGGGAGCACCUCUGGAUUCAGCCAGCGCACACAAACCCAGCCCGCACAGCGAAACAACAAUCAACACAGCAGCGGCGCUCUCGGCUGCUCAGCUGCAAUGGCUUGCGUCGUUGCCAUUGAUUCUGCGGAUCAAGCUGUCGCAGCAUCACAGCUCGCCUCUAGCCAACAUCAUCGUCAUGCAUCUGCGCAGCCUCGUUACAGAGAAUGGCAUCUUCAGGGCUUCUGAAGACGCAGGCGAAGAUGGCUGGGCUGCGGACUGGGAGCGUGCGCAGGAAGACCUCGAGGAAUCGCAGAGAAGGACAGUCAUUUUUGGGCAUGACGCCCGGCGGGGACUCCAAGUGCGCAAAUACUCCGUCGGACUUGACACGGGGUGUGUUUAUGGGAACCAGCUUAGCGCAUUGGUCUUGACCAUCACGGAAGGUGGAAUUAUGCAUCGUGUUGUGCAGGUGGAGGCCGUUGAACCAGGUUAA